AUGCCUGAUCUCACUAUCACCGAGCCUCACCCAACCGUCCCGCAGAACUCAUACACUCACUCGGGACGAGGUGGCGCUGGCAACUACUUCCGGGCUCCUAGCACCACACCCUCAUCCGGUGUAGCGACAAAGCCGACAUCAGUGCAACACACCACAUCGCGCUUCUACUCCGGACGAGGAGGAGCAGGCAACGCGCACGUCGCAGCCGCGAAACCUGUUCUAUCGUUCGACGAGGAAUUCACCCACAAAAGCCACAUCGAGGAGAAGCCCAUCGGCUACGUUGGCCGGGGCGGCGCCGGAAAUGUCUACGGUGCUAGCGGCUCUGGCGCCUCCCGCAAGAGCAGCGAUGCUUCCAGCCAGCACAGCUCAAGCAGCUCAGGUAGCUUGUCCAACAUAUGGAGCCGCAUAAGCCACCGACGCUAA